AUGGCUGAAAUGGACUCAUCCUUUGGCGACCCGCUGCCGACGCCGGCCGUCACCAACAAUCCGCCCGAAGAUACUCUAUCAUCCGAAGAAUGGAAGCACCGCUCACCCUAUUACAUACAAUCCCCCCACGAAUUCGGCGAAAUCAAAUGGCGUGGCCAUUGCCAAUGCCGGAAGAUUUCAUUUUCCCUGAAACGGGACAAGCCUUUGAACUCGAAAUACUGCCAUUGUGUGGGCUGUCAGCGAAUGCACGGAGCGCCCUUCCAAUGGGCCGCCAUUUUCCAUAAGAAUGAUAUUUCUUUCGACAGAGGAUACAGUGGUCUAUCCUUCUAUUCCUCUGCAGAAAACUCUGCGAAAUACCAUACACCGACCAAGGUCGCCUGUGCAUACUGUAGAUCUCCUCUCAUGGACGAGGGGCGAAAUACGGUGCUUUUGUUCCCUUCGUCGAUCGACUUUGAGGGCUCCUUCGACGAGCAGCGGUCGCUCAGAGCGUCAUUUAAACCAACGAGUCACAUCUUCUACGAGCAACGUGUGAUGGACAUGCCCGAUGGGAUUACCAAGUGGUCAGGUAUGGACGAAAAAGUCAGCGGGUGGAUGAUCAAGGGAAACCGAUUGAGAAAUAACAAGUCAUCCCAUGAGAAACUGAUGUAG